UGAGUAAAAAACACACAAUUCACUUUAAGCUUCGUCGCCAUGGAUGAUGAGGAUGAGUCAGAGUUUUUGCCACCGGCAAACUUAAAUAUCUUUGGCAUACCCAAUGAGCCGGAGCUGCUGCGGGAAUAUGAGCUCUACCGAACCUCCAAGGGAACGAGGCGACUCCACAGCGAGCGGAAUCGCGAGGUUUACGCCGAGGCAUCGAUUGAGAACGAACGCUUGGGCACCUUGGCCAAUCUGUGUGUGCGUGCCCUGGCCAAAAUGGGCACCAGAUACAUUGCGCCACCUGUGAAACAGGAUCCACUUAAGUUUCGCAUUCAUUACGAUGCCCUGGACGUGAAUCUGCCGCUGAAGGAUUGCUAUUUUGUAGACGAUGUGCGUUUCUGGCGUCGGGUGGUGCUCGCCAAGAGCUCGGACAAAUGCCUGUCACUAAAGAAACUCGAUGAGUACGACUGGAAGGGUCAGGGCAUCAGCCUCAAGUAUGUGGAGCUUGUCGAAUCCUGCCCAGCCGCCUACUGGCCCGAGAAGGAGAUGGCUGAGCUGGGCUACAUGGUGCGCCAAUAUGUGAGAACGAUGCACAUUCGCCAUCUGCAAUCGCUGACGGAGAAUGCAUUUAUGCAUUAUGUUGAAAGUGAAUCUGAACUGGAUGUGACCUCUGCCGAAUCCAUAUUAUCCGAAAUAUCCAGUGAUGAAAGGGAUACAGCUGACGACGAGGAGGUGGAGGAGGAGGAGAAGGUUGAGGCUGAGGAAGAGGAGGAAUCGGUUAUGCAAACGUCCAAGACGAAACUCCGAUUGGGCGUUUCGCUCGCGCCGAAAGCAGUUCAUGUUGAAUCACGAGUCACCUCGAGCAGUUUCCAUAAAAAGCCCAGUCGAACGGUUAUUCACAUAAGGGAUGCCUUUCAAGAUGAUUUCCAAGCAAAGCGCCGAGAGGCGCGCGCUGCUCGCAAUGCGGCUCGACAGCAGUUGAGGAACCUGCAGCAGGAGAAGAGGGAGGAGCACGAGAGGCGCAACCAGAGUCGUGAACUGCGGCGCCAGCCACCCGAGCCGGCUCCCAAGCGAAAGAAGAAGAAAAAGAAGAAGCCGCAGAAGGCCAUCGACGGCGUAUUCGAUUUGGCUGUGGACCCAGAGCCGGACGAUGGUGUGGACAAAAUAGCGGAUGGACGCAACAAGGAGAAACUGUUGCGUCGCAUCAAACGCUACGAUUAUCCAGCCAAGCAUUGCCAUCACAUUGAUCUGAGCUUUGUGCGAUAUUUCGAUCGGCUGGCCUCACUGACCAUCGAGUUCCUGGGUCCCAAAAUGGAGCUCGAAUAUCACAAGCGGCAUCUGAACUUCUCCUAUGACGACAUGAUUCAUUUGGCGAAGGGAUUGCGCACCCUGGAACAGCUGAGGGUCUUCCGAUUGCGCAACAGUUGCAUGGAUCAAACCAAGAUGCUGAUCUUGGUGCGUGUCCUCAAGCAAUUGGACAAUCUGGAGAUCGUUGACUUUGGCUACGAUCAGCUAAACGAUAAUUGUGCCAUUGCCUUGGAGAUGCUCCUGGAGCGAAGGACUAUGCUGAAGGGAUUGGAAUUGGAGUACAACAAACUGGAGCGUGGCGCACUCGAGGCCAUUGGACAUGCGCUCAAGUAUCAAGCCUUGCAGGAGCCCGAGGGCAAGCCACUGGAGUAUCUGGGCUUGUCACACAACCCAAUCGGGGAAUAUGGCCUGUACCUGCUCGUCCAUGACAUCGUUGGCACACAUCAUGUGUGGGAGCUGAAUAUCAAUGGCGCCAUGGCUGAGCCUGGCCGGAUCGCUGGAGUUAUUAGCUUUCUGUUGCGCAAUCACAGGCCAUUGCAUGGAUUAGAUAUGGCGGCGAUUAAGCUGAAUCCCCAUGUGGGCCGUGAGGUGAUUUGCGGUCUGCAGACCAACCACAAGGUCACACACAUCGAUUGUCGCGCUUGCGAUCUGGACACGGACGAGGAGUUCGAAGCGGAUCUCAUCGUGCGCCGCAACAAUUACGAGAAACAGCAUCCCUAUUUGGGCGACGAGACUCAAACGGAAAACAGUCUUUUGGAUUAUCUGGCUGGACUCAAGCAUCCCAUUAAGGCCAAAAUUCAGGACCAGCAGUCGAAGUGGGAGGAGUGCAUCAAGAAUCGACUACCCGAGUCGUCCACAGAGGAAAUCGUCGUGGAGGAGGUCAAGGAGGAACAGGAGGAGGAGGAGUUGGACAUUUGGACAGUGCUCGGUGCCAAGAAAUCAGAAGCCCAACCAGUGCCCGAAAUAUAUUCGAGGUCCUCCUCCCAUAUGAGCAAUCAAACAUUCAUUUACAACACGAGCGCUUUCACUGCGGAGGAGUUCCGCGAGCAUUUGUUCCUACCAGGACCAGGGAAUCGCCAUUAUUAUUUCCAGAAACAGAAGGAAAUGUAAGCUGCUCAAGCAUAUUGAAUACAAUUUUAAACUUUCA